AUGCAGGAUUAUGAUGAUCUAGUAGAGCAAGUGAAAUUACUAGAUAGGUUCAGCACGAGCAAUAAGUCACUGACGGGAACUCUAUACCUUACAGCAACUCAUCUGUUAUUCAUAGAUUCAAGCCAGAGAGAGACAUGGAUACUACAUCACCACAUUGCUGCGGUGGAAAAACUUCCCUUGACUACUUCUGGCUGCCCUCUUGUUAUCCAGUGCAAGAACUUCAGGAUAGUUCACUUUGUUGUUCCCAGAGAAAGAGAUUGUCAUGACAUUUAUAACUCUCUGCUUCAGCUGUCAAGAACAGCAAAUUAUGAAGAACUGUAUGCCUUCUCCUAUAAUCCAAAACAAAAUGAAUCUGAGCAAGUCAAAGGUUGGCAGCUUAUUGAUCUAGCAGAAGAAUAUAAGAGAAUGGGAGUGCCAAAUGCUAACUGGCAGUUGUCUGAUGCUAAUCGUGAUUAUAAGAUUUGUGAAACCUAUCCUAGAGAACUUUAUGUUCCCAGAACUGCAAGCAAGCCCAUAAUCGUUGGUAGCUCCAAGUUCAGAAGCAAAGGAAGAUUCCCAGUGUUGUCAUAUUAUCAUAAAAAUAAAGAGGCUGCAAUUUGCAGAUGCAGUCAACCUCUCUCAGGUUUCAGUGCCAGGUGCCUGGAAGAUGAACACAUGUUGCAAGCCAUCAGUAAAGCAAAUCCUUCAAAUCGCUAUAUGUAUGUCAUGGACACCAGGCCAAAGCUUAAUGCAAUGGCAAACAGAGCUGCUGGGAAGGGCUAUGAGAAUGAAGACAACUACUCUAACAUUAGGUUCCAGUUUGUUGGCAUUGAAAAUAUUCAUGUAAUGAGAUCCAGCUUGCAAAAACUUCUGGAAGUCAGUGGCACGAAGGGUUUGUCUGUCAAUGACUUUUUGUCUGGUUUGGAGAAUUCUGGAUGGUUGCGUCAUAUCAAAGCUGUGUUGGAUGCUGCUGUUUUCCUAGUCAAGGCAAUAGCGGUUGAGAGCGCGAGUGUAUUAGUGCACUGCUCAGAUGGCUGGGAUAGGACGUCCCAAGUUUGUUCCCUUGGAGCUCUCUUACUGGAUUCCUAUUACAGAACAAUCAAAGGAUUCAUGGUCUUGAUAGAGAAAGACUGGAUCUCUUUUGGGCACAAGUUCUCUGACAGGUGUGGUCAGUUGGAUGGUGAUCCAAAAGAGAUCUCACCAGUGUUCACCCAGUUUUUGGAAAGUGUGUGGAAUCUGACUGAGCAGUUUCCGCAAGCCUUUGAGUACAAUGAAGCUUUCCUCCUUCAGAUCCAUGAACACGUCCAUUCAUGCCAGUUUGGUAACUUCCUUGGAAACUGCCAAAAAGAGCGAGAAGAACUAAAAUUAAAAGAGAAGACAUAUUCCUUGUGGCCAUUUCUUCUGGAUGAACAAAAGAAAUAUCAGAAUCCUCUUUAUAAUCCAGACUUUUCUCCAGGACUAACUCUUUUGGAGCCUAAUACAGUAUCAUUCAAUUUUAAGUUUUGGAGAAAUAUGUACCAUCAGUUUGACCGAAGUAUGCAUCCCAGGCAAUCUGUGUUCAAUCUUAUAAUGAACAUGAGCGAACAAAAUAAACAACUGGAGGAAGAAAUUAAAGAACUGGAAGCUAAGAUAAAGCGGAAAAAUGGGCAGUCAGAUGGAGUCCUUGUGAAGGAACAUCAGCAAUCUGCUCAUCCUGCACCCCCGGCACUGAAAACCCCGCCAUGCUACAAGAAGGAGCAGCCACUGAUCCCGGUGAAUGAUGCUGUAAGAACUAUAGAGGGCAGCAACACAGCAGACAAUCGCUACAGUGAAUUCGUGGAAGAGUUCUCAAAAGCUGAGCCUGCUGUUGUCAGCUUGGAGUAUGGAGUUGCCAGGAUGACCUGCUAAUUAAAAUGUGGCACUGUGCUCCUCUUCUAGCCUGACUGAAUUAAGAGAUGGAUUAUUUUGAGGAUGGGUCUGCUGCAUGACCAAAACACGAUUUGUAUAUCGGCAAGUUUUGUUAACGUAGAUUAGAACAGCAUGCUAGUUGUCAAGUGUUUGCUGUUCUUUUAAGAACGGGGGGGGAAAAAGUGUAGCUGUCUUUUAAAUGAAA